UCAAUAUGUGUGAGGAAACGGGACGACACUACGAUGUUGCCCCUUUUCAAUGCCUACUCUUGUUGGUCAAACUAUACACGUCACGUCACCUUAUGGGCAUCAAAUCAAUGCUAGCGGCGGCCGUUGUUAACACUUUCGUUACCAGGCAAAAUUUCAAACAAUACCCCAGAAACCGACAGUACUCGCUAGUCGGGCAAGCGGCGGACGCUCAGGGCUGUGCCAAGUAACUUUCGUAUACGUGCAUAAAAUUAAAUCUGCUGUCUCACGUGUUUAGGUUUCGCGUUUUAUCAAUUAUCAUAAUGCAUCCAGUGGGCAGUAGGAAAUGAAUAAAAACACAGAAAGCCAAAUCAUCAACAUUUAUUAAUAUUGCACAUAGGUACGACAUAACUCACUAAAAUUGGUCUUUUUAUUAUAAUGUUUACAAGAAUUUCCCUAUCUAUAAAGCUAAAUCAUCAUAUAAUAAUCAACUGUACCACCACAUAAGUACAUAAUAAUCAGAAGACAGGCAGUGGCAGCCCUGAGGUAGCGAAGAUGCAAAGCUUGCCCGACUGUCGGGUACUUUGGCGUCGCGUGAAGGUUUAUAGCUCUUGCCCGACUACCGGGUAUGCCGGCAUCUGAGUAAAGUUUACGAGUGCCCGAGUGUCGGGUACGCGGUGUCCAAUGUGUUAAUUAACACCAUACAAUUUAAUAUGGAAAAGCCGACAAAAUGAGGGCAUCGGUCGUGCACGUAGCGAAUAAUGUUUAUCUGCUACACAAUUGUUCAAUCAAUUUAUGCAAUUGUUGUUCUGUUUGCACGUCUUCAACGUCGAUUAUUCAAUUGAGUAAUAUCCUCUUGGUAGAGAGAUUUUAUACAGUAGGCCAUCUUCGAAUAACGGACACUACCCAACAUAACAAUUGCCUUUUGCUAUUACCGAUUGUCUUUACUAGACCAGUACGAUAGGACUCUUUAUUAUACUGUGGCUAGACCCACGCCUGCCGUGAAAUACCAAUUUGAAAAACGCAACUCGACAAUUUUUUUUUUAUGGGACGAUAAGGAGAUAAAAACUAAUUGCGUUGGAUGUGGGCGGUCUUGGAUAUGUCAUCCCGGUAGAUUUGCUUUUCAAUACGGGUUUUAUCCUAGACAGAUUACUGUCAUUGUUUUUACUGUGCCCUGUGUACCGAUGUGUUUAGGUUAUCCUAUCCUAACGGGCACAACGCGAUGUCGUCUUCGUGCAAUAAAUAAUUCUAUAACAAUAUCAGUGAAAAGCGGCUGAAAUACAUUUUUAACAGUAAGCGUAAAUAAUUAUAGCUCCGAGAGAACUAUCGAUAAACACUUGGCGUAUAAAAAAAAAAAGGUUUGUGGAUAUCCCAGCUUCUCCACCAAGUCGUUUUUUCGUGAGAAACUUGACUAAGACUAGGUUCAGAUGAAAUGCGGUCAUAUAAAUUGAAGUGACUAUUGUAAGCUUGACUAAGUGUAACAUUGAAUAUAGUAAGAAACAGAAACUCGUUGAAAAAACGCUACGCAUUUUAAUAGAGUAACAAUGCUGCGAAUACUAUGGCUAUGUGCAGUGCUCGGCGCGGCCGUCGCCACAAACUGCACCAUUUGCUUGAACGACCAAUGUUACUCCGAAUCUCCUUUCGACCACGACGUCUUACUUUACUUCGCCGUCAUAGACCACAAUUACAACAUCAUGUAUUACUAUACUCGUGAUCAUUUCAACGCCAUGGAAUUGGAUAACCACACGAUUAUUUUCAAAAAAAGAAUCUCCAAUCCAGAGUACAGACAAAUAUUGUUAACAGUCGACCCGCACACUAGUGAGGUUUACUUUUAUAACGUUUUUGCUAGACAUAAAGAUCCACUAAUUAAUAAAUACGAUCCGAAGACAAAUACAAUAUCAGAGCCAGAUAUUGUUUUCAACGAUAAUCGUCAACCAACAUUAAUAUAUGUCUGCAAUGGAACAGUUUACGGCGUCAACGGAAAGUAUCCGAUAUUUUAUUUAAAAAACGGAUCUGUUGAAGAUAUCCCGGGCUUCGAAAACCUUCAUAUAUUGGACUUUAUGUGUGACAAGACCGGUGUUAUUUAUGUGCAAACUCGUUCAGAAAUGUACAGAAUAGAAAAUAAUGCUUUGACCGCCAUUUUGAAUACCUCUACUGAAAGUGAUAUUGAAUACAGGAUUCCUACUUUAGGUGCAAACGGAGAUGUGUACCUACUCUCUGACGAAGUUACCUCUCGACGUAUGUACCAUAUCAACUCCACUACAAAAGAGAUGACACCAGUAGGUGCAUAUGAACGAACCAUCAAAGGGUUAAGAGAUUGGAAAUUUGAUAAACAUGGGAACAUUUUUACUGACGAUUUGUUUCUGGAUAAAAUAAGUCCGAGGUACUUGAAGCCUAAUUCUGUUCGAUGCAGUGUGAUUACAGAUGUUAAAAUUACUUUAACACGCGACGAAAAUGUAGACGAUGAUGAUGAUGAUACUGGUAUAAACUUCCGCGAUGAUUACACAUAAUCACUUUGGAACCGGGGCUUAAUCACUACGUAUUAAACUGACCUCCAAUGUUUCAAGGACGGCGUUGGCAAGCCAGUCUUCUUCGAGACCACGGGGACAACGCCGUCCCUGAAACGUUGGAGGUCAGUUUAAUAUGUAGUGAUACGAGAUUAAGUCCCGAUAGUAAUUAGAUCAUGAUGAUGAUGAUGAUGAAAAAUAUUGGCUCAAGGAAGAUCUUUGUCCCUUCUGCAUACCGACGUUCUUUGAGUGGAGAAUGUGUUAAGAACUGAUGAGUUAGAAACAACGAAAGAGCGUGUAACAUUGGGUUUUUACCUUGUAAAGAUAGGCCAUUAGCAUUAAGAAGUUUACCUAUAAUUAAUAUACCUAUAUAUAAACUCACAUGCUUCCAGUAGCUACGAGGUUACACACCUCUGAAUUGCUUGCAGUAGUGACUACAUAGCAGAGUAUUGAAAUGUUUGAUUAAUUUUAUGUCGAAGCAAUUUAAAAAUCACGUGAGAAGUUUACCUAUAAUGACAUCAUUAGACUAAGAAUGGUUGACAGGUUAACAUAAUUUAGAUAGUAAAAUUAUAAAAUAAAACCACAAUCUCAAAAA